AUGAAUUUAUCACCAGAUAAUUCUAAAUUAUCAUUUAUUCAUCGUUACCAUCUAUUACUUAAAACUCAUUAUUUUCUUUUCUAUGCUGCAUUUGGUGUUGUACAUCCAAUAUUAAAUCUAACUCUUCGUUCUCAUGGACUUUCAAAUACAGAAAUCUCUUUAGCGAAUGUAAUUCUUCCAUUUUCAAUUUUUCUAACAAGUCCAUUGGUGGGUUUUAUUGCUGAUAAAUCUCGUCGUUUUCUUUUAACAUUCAAUAUUCUAUUCAUUAUUGUUAGUAUUACAUUUACAGCAUUAUUUUUGUUACCACAUAUUAAAUCUCAUUAUAUUCAAGCUGAUUCACAUUAUUUUAAAUCAUCAGCAUAUGUACUAGAUUUUUGUGCAAGUCAAGAAGUAGUAACAAAAUGUUCAUCAAGAUCAAGAUGUGGUUGUUCUUAUCAAGCCUAUUGUAAAACAGAAAACUUUCUAUCUAAUUUUACACUUACAAUGAAUUCAAAUAAUGUAGAAAAACAUUUAAAGGAGAAUUUACAAUCGCAAUGCGGUAUUGAUUAUCGCGUAACGAUUGAUAAAAUGUUAUUAAAUGCUGAUUUAGAUUUUCCAAAUUCAUCGAUGAUUAAAUGUCAAAUAACUUGUUCAAUUCCUUAUUUCUGUCAUGGUGUACGAUACGAAAAACAAAGAAUUUAUAUUGUUCUCUAUGCUAUUUUAUAUGUCGUCGGUUCAAAUUUACUAUCAUCUUCAUAUGCUCUCGGUACAACAAUUGGUUUUGCUUGUUUACCACGUGCAGAUUUAUUUGGAAAACAACGUGUCUGGGGUACAAUUGGUUUUGGUAUAUUAGCUUUCUCUACUAGUCGUAUUUAUGAAUUCUUUCGAAGUGAAUUUGUUUAUUUAAUUUUGUUUAAUACUAUUGCAAUUUUGACAAUUAUUAUAACAAGUUUUAUUCCAAUACAUAUAAAUGACAAGCAGAACAAUGAAGAAAAAAAAAACUUCAAUUUCACAACACUUAAAGUAUUAUUGAAAAAUAUCGAUGUUUUUAUUUUUCUUUCAAUAGCAUUUCUUUGGGGAAUGAGUUUUGGUUCUAUACAUCCGUAUCUUGCUUUAUAUGUUGACGAAAUAGCUCCAUGUCAAUCACGUACGUUAAUUUGUUCAAUGUUUGCAAUCGCAGCAAUAUCUGAAAUUAUUGCUUUUUAUUUGGCUAAACGAGUUAUAAAGUUCGUUGGUCCUAAUCUAUCAUCUAUUAUCAUCUUUCUGGCAUUUACUAUUCGAUUUAGUGGAUAUUACUUUUUACCACGACCUUAUUUCUAUUUAAUUGUAGAAACAAUGCAUUUUUUUAAUUUUGGCAUUCUCUAUGUAUUGAUUGCUCAAAAAGCAGAUCUUAUUGCACCACCUGGUCUUUCGGGUACAUUACAAGGCAUUACUCAUGGUGUUUUACAUGGUUUAAGUCGUGGUACUGGUUUACUUGUUUCUUCGUUUAUCUAUAUUGUCCUUCAACAGCGUCUUCUUUUUCUUGUCUUUGCUAUUCUGAAUAUCAUUGCUGCUAGUAUUUAUUCAAUUUAUUUUUUAUUGACACGUAAAAAAUCUACAAAUACAAAUGUAACUGUAUCAAAUAAUAAUAAUAAUAAUAAUAAUAAUAAUGUUUCUGUCGAAGAAGGUAAUUUUGUUAAUAAAAUAAAGAAUAAAUAUUUAAUUUAG